GGUGCAGGGUCAGGCAUGGUGGUUCACGCCUGUAAUCCCAGCACUUUGGGAGGUUGAGGCAGGGAGAACACGAGGGCUGUACUUUCCAACCAGCAGGUGAAGAGCUGAAUCACUAAGGACACAAAUGAAAAGGGAGGGGCAAAUUAUGAAGGCUUUGUAUUUCCUUUUGAGGGACGCAGCUCCAGUCUAACUUGCCACACUGUGAACUUCACCACUGGAAAGUAACAAAGGCAGUCAUUGGCAUAAAAAUGGAUUCUCUCAGCACAGCUAACGUUGAAUUUUGCCUUGAUGUGUUCAAAGAGCUGAACAGUAACAACAUAGGAGAUAACAUCUUCUUUUCUCCGCUAAGUCUGCUUUAUGCUCUAAGCAUGGUCCUCCUUGGUGCCAGGGGAGAGAGUGCAGAGCAAUUGGAGAAGGUGCUUCAUUUUCAUCAUACUGUAGACUCAUUAAAGCCAGCGUUCAAGGACUCACCUAAGUGCAGCCAAGCCGGAAGAAUUCAUUCCGAGUUUGGUGUCUUAUUCUCUCAAAUCAACCAGCCAGACUCUAACUAUACCCUCAGCAUUGCCAACAGUCUCUACGGGACAAAGACAAUGGCAUUCCAUCAGCAAUAUUUAAGCUGUUCUGAGAAAUGGUAUCAAGCCAGGUUGCAAACUGUGGAUUUUGAACAGUCUACAGAAGAAACGAGGAAAACAAUUAAUGCUUGGGUUGAAAACAAAACUAAUGGAAAAGUCACAAAUCUCUUUGGAAAGGGCACAAUUGACCCUUCGUCUGUAAUGGUCCUGGUGAAUGCCAUAUAUUUCAAAGGACAAUGGCAAAGUAAAUUUCAAGAAAGAGAGACAGUUAAAAGUCCUUUUCAGCUAAGUGAGGGUAAAAAUGUAACUGUGGAAAUGAUGUAUCAAAUUGGAACAUUUAAACUGGCCUUCCUAAAGGAGCCGCAGAUGCAAGUUCUUGAGCUGCCCUACGUUAACAACAAAUUAAGCAUGAUUAUUCUGCUUCCAGUAGGCACAGCUAAUGUGAAAGAGAUAGAAAAGCAGCUGAAUUCGAGCACGUUUCAUGAGUGGACCAGCUCUUCUAACAUGAUGGAAAGAGAAGUUGAAGUACAUCUCCCCCGAUUCAAACUUGAAAUUAAGUAUGAGCUAAAUUCCCUGUUAAAAUCUCUAGGGGUGACAGAUCUCUUCAACCAGGUCAAAGCUGAUCUUUCUGGAAUGUCACCAACCAAGGGUCUAUAUUUAUCAAAAGCCAUCCACAAGUCACACCUGGAUGUCAGCGAAGAGGGCACGGAGGCAGCAGCAGCCACUGGGGACAGCAUCGCUGUAAAAAGCCUACCCAUGCGAGCUCAGUUCAAGGCGAACCACCCCUUCUUGUUCUUUAUAAGGCACACUCAUACCAAUGUAAUUUUAUUCUGUGGCAAGCUUGCCUCUCCCUGAUCAGAUGGGGGUGAGCAAGUGUCAGAGUUGUAGAUGAGGUGCAGAAACAAUCCUGUGACUUUCCCAUGGCCAAAAAGCUCACAUCUCACACACCUCUGUGCCUCAGUUUGCUCAUCUGCAAAACAGGUGUAGGAUCUCUUCCAAUAAUUUCAUGAAUUGUGAAGCUAAGGCUUUGUUAAUCAUAGAAUAAGGUGGAUUUAUGCAGAAAGCUUUCUGGCUUUCUUAUCUGUGGUGUCUCGUUUGAUUGCUGUCCAGUGACAUGAUCAAGUCAAUGAGUAAAAUUUUAAGGGAUUAGAUUUUCUUGACUUGUAUAUAUUUGUGAGAUCUUGAAUAAGUGACCUGACAUCUCUGCUUAAAGAAAACCAGCUGAAGGGCUUCAACUUUGCUUGGAUUUUUAAAUAUUUUCCUUACAUGUGUAAAUAGAAUGUGGUGAGUUUUAGUUCAAAAUUCUGUGUUGAGAAUAAUAAAUGCAUGGAAUACCUUAAA